AAUGCAUUCACUAGCUUGUCUUUAUCUCAAUUUUUUUUUUAAUUUAUAGACGAUUAAAUUUUUUGCUAUAAGUAUUUAAUUGUUUUUUAUUAUUACUUGAUUAAGUGUGCUUUUGACUAUCUCUUGUAAUACUUUAAGAGUAGAAUUAGAUGAAAUGGAUCAUCUAAACUUAAAUGCAGAUUUUCUAAAAUUCGACAAGGAAAAUAAUGGGGAUGUUAAGAGAGAAAUCGAUUUUCUACAAUUUGAAGGUUUUAAUGCAAAUUCUGUUCAACCCAGUUCAUCUUACUUAUCAAACAUAUUUUCAAAUGCGUUAGACGUUAAUGCAAAUUUAAACAAUCGGUCGCCAUUAGAUUUGAGCAAUUUGAAAGAUUUGGAUGGUUUAUGCAAAUUAGAAAUUAUAAAAAAUGAAAUACCGUAUCUUGUUAAAUAUAAACUGCAAGAUGGGAAACAUGUAAAGAUAUGGCAAUGCAAAACUUGCUUUAAGGAAUUUGGUCAUCAAUAUACUUUAAUGCGCCACUUGCCCACGCAUACUGAUGAAAGAAAAUUUCAGUGCAAUACCUGCGGAAAAGCAUUUCGACAAAUGUCGACACUUUCUCAACACAGAGCUAUCCACUCGCAUGAAAGGCCUUACGUUUGUGAAAUUUGUCAAAAAACAUUUAAUCGCGUCUCUACGUUAAUUUCCCACCGGAAAACUCACACCGGUAUUAAACCGCAUCAGUGUCAUUUAUGUAAUAAAGCUUUUCACCAAAAAGGAAACCUUCGUAAUCAUAUUUUUACCCACACCAAUGAAAGGCCAUACAAGUGCGAUGACUGUGGAAAAGGUUUUAACCAAAUGUCGAACUUGAUGUGUCAUAAAUUAAAAUCGCAUCAACGCAUGGAUAAACCUAGGCACUCUUGCCAGAUUUGUAGAAGAACUUUUCCGAAACGUAUAGCUUUAAGAAAUCACGAACAAUAUGAACAUAGGGAGAGUAAUCAAGCAAUUGAUUCAUUUUUAUCUGAUGAGCAAAAAAUUACUAACGCAAUAUUUGUGGAACCAAUCAAAACUAAAGCAAUGCAACUAGCGAUAGAGACAAAUCAGAUACCAUUUGCAUUACUAAGACCAUUAACGGGAAUUCCUGUUUUGGUUCGCGUUUUACCAGCUGGAAACGAUAAACAAAUGCUAGUUCCAGCAAGUGCUGAAGAUUUGAAGAAGCAUGGUCAGAUAUCAGUUACUCCAAAAACCACAACUCCUGAAUCAUCGCUAGAAAAUUUGACUGAAGAUAAACAAAAUCUUGUUGGGAGUACUGUUCAAAUAAAAAUACCCGUAGUUGCCACAGUAAUUCAACAAAGUGGUGAGGGAGGUCAUAUGUCUAUGUCGGUAGUAAGUCCCGGACCUAAUAAUGAAGCAGUCAAACAACCAAAUUGCCAGUCAUUGGGUUCCUAUAUUUUAACUGCUACUAAUGAAGAAAACGGUGAGACACAAAUGAGCAUACAAGAAGAUUUAAAUUUUAGUUCAAAUGAAAAAAGUAACUUAACGGAAUUUGAUAUUGAAAUGUCUGAAAUUAAACACAAUGCAGAUGCGGUCGAUGGUAGUUUCAACACUGCUAUAACACGCACUUGUUGUUUCAUGAAAUCUUUUUCAGCACAAGACGAUGUUUUCAUCAUUACAUAGAUUCAUGUAAUAUGUUUUUUAAAGCUUAAUGAUAUUUCUAGGUGAUCAAACUUUAUGUUGCAUGAGUUUUAAUUUUGUUUUCAUGAUUGUAUUAAUGUUUCAAUGUUUUUAUUCUAAAAUUGUCAAUAAAAUGAUAUAUGGCA